CAGCAGAAACUGUCCCUCGCUGCGUGUCAACUGCCUUGUCGCAUUGUGUAUUCUGGGGCGAGCAGACUGACUGCAAUAUUUGGUAAAUCUGAAUCAAACUGUUGUCUUAUCUGGAUCACAACAUACAGUCGUUUUACAGCCACAUGAACCGCCCGCACUGUGUUUAAUAUCUGUCAUGUGACGUUUGACUGACUGCGUUCCAACAACAAACGCACCCCUUCAGUUCAUUGACAGAAAUGGCUACCACGGAAGUGGAGCGUAGACGUGGCCAGCUGGCUGCUCUGUCCAUAGCAGCAGUGGUCAUCCUCGUGGGAGUCCCUCUGUGGUGGCGAACAACUGAAACGUACCGCGCCUGGUUGCCAGUCAGUCAGAUAAAUGAGUUGGCUAAUCUGCAGCUCCAGUUGAGUGCUGAUGUGGAGGUUGUGUUUGCACGUGGAACGGUGACGCCAGAGCAACAGAAGAAGGUCCCGCUGACACAGACUCAGGAUGAGGAACACACAGUAGAUGAGGACACAACUUUGAGGUACAGGUAUGAGACGAGGUACCGCACAGCUACAAUCAUGGAAGAGGACGCCCUGAACCAGCCCGCUGCUGCGGAGGCAGAUCUGUCUCUGCACACGCUCAGCGAGAGUCCGUGUGGCUCCUUGGUUGUGUAUGUAAUCCCAGAGUCGUCCUCACUUCUGCCUGAGGAUGUGGACGUGUAUAUCGGUCAGCGACGCACAGCCCUGCUGCGUAUUGGUGCCCAGAUGAGAGUGGGUAAGACGCUAGAUCAAUUGCUGGCUCACCUGGAGCCUCGGAUCAAGCAGGUGCUGCAGGUGAUGUCUUUUAGCCACACCGACAUCACAGCGGCCCUCAGCGACAGAGUCCGUCUGAGCCCUGGCAACAAAGAGAGCAUUGCUGACAGUAUGAGAGCCUUUAAAUCCAGCCCAGGUUAUGAGAUAACAUUCAGUCUGUUGAACCCAGACCCAAAGUCACACCGGCUACACUGGGACAUCGAGGGUGCCGUGCAGACCUACAUCCAACCUUUGCUAACAAAACUGGCCCCUGUGGCCAAUUUUAGCAUUGACUCUCAGACCUUGUACUAUGCGAUGCUCGGUGUCAACCCGCGCUUUGACAGCAGCCGCAGCGCCUACACACUCAACUCUGACAGCCUCGCACAUGUCAUCAACCCCGUGGAGGCCAGACUGGGUUCAAAUGCUGCAUCUUCCAACCCGGUGCUGAAUUUUCUUCUGUACGUCCCGGAUGCCCACCACUCCCCCCUUUAUAUUCAUGACCACAAGAAACAGGAAGUGCCCUCUAAUGCGUUUCAUUCUCCACGUUGGGGGGGAAUUAUGGUCUAUAAUGUUAAUGGUUUCUAUGGACCAGAGGCUGCAUUCCCCAUUGAUAUCAACAUCAACAUGGCCAGAGUCAUGGGAGUCUUCCUUGCACAGCUUCGACUGUUGCUGGGAGUGCAGUCAUCCACCCCUCCUGCCGGCUUCCUGGUGGCACCGUGCGGCAGCACAGGACUAGCUGAUUGGGAGCUGGACCGUCUCAUGUGGAGUCGGAGUGUGGAAAAUGUUGCAACAGCAACCACCACCAUCACCUCACUGGCACAGCUUUUGGACCAGAUAGGCAACAUUGUUAUCAACGACAACAUCGCUGAACAGGUGUCCAGUGCCGUCACGUCUCUGCAGCUGGCUGUGGCUGAGCUGGAGGCCGGGAACCUCGGCUUUGCUUUGCAGUACAGUAAAGAGGCCAUCUUGGCAUCAGAGAGGGCCUUCUUUGACCCCUCACUUCUCCACCUCCUCUACUUUCCUGAUGAUCAAAAGUUUGCCAUCUACAUCCCGCUCUUCCUGCCCAUGUGUGUGCCCAUUCUGCUGUCGCUGCUCAAAAUAGUGUCGGAGGCCAGACAGAAACGCAGAGAGAAGAACGCCAAGAAGGACUGAGACACUUUUAAAUCUGAUGUGACAGAAACAGGUUAUGAACAAAUGGUUUUAUCAGUGGCCUUGAGGUUCAAAGGUAUGCAUGAAGAAAGACUCAUUUGUAGCACCGGGGCGUGGAAUUUGCAGUCAUGUAUGAUUUUUAUUGUUUCAUGGGAGGAAUUGUGUUUAAGAUUUUAAUGAAUGUUUGUGUUGGCUGUGUGACACUGUAAACUGGAAAGAUUGAACUGCUGUAAUGUGAACAAGUUUUAUAUUUGAAUUCCACUUUCUAAGUUAUUACCGAAUAAAGAUUUAAGUUGUAAA